AACGACCAACGACUGCGAGUAGUACUGACAAUAACCUGUUUGAUACUCGUACAGUGGUAGUAUGACCACUCAAGCUCCCUUUACACACUACGGUGACUUCUCAGAGGAUCACUCUCGAAAACUGAUGUCCAAAGAGUGGCUUGCUCGUGUAGACAAAGCAAGCUCAGUUCCGUACCUCAUGAAGUUCUACUCUUCGCCAAUAGAUUCCUCGUGCGUACUAUUAGUGACAGACACUAAGACCGUCUGGGCAGAAGUUCUCUCCAGCAGCCAGCUUGCACGCCGUUGGCGUGGCCUGACAAAUUCACUACCGACGCAGGAUACGCUGCUGAAGUACGAGGAAAUACAAUGGCGAGAGCAAGUCGCACACAACUUAUCCGCAGCUCAUACUCUCGGUGGGAUGGCCGAACUAACUUUAGAGCCCGUGGAAUCUCAAUAUUCAGAUUUCGCGUUUGUUCUUGAAGGCGAUGGCUUCAAAUGGCGCUGGGAGACCAACCUUGUCGGUCCAAAACUAUCGGCCAGGCUUCUCUCGCAGCAUCUCAUCAUGCCCCUCAUCAGCACCAUACAUCUUGCGUUCACUUCGCCAGAGCCAUUGACCGAUAUGACCGGGGACGAAAUAGAGAAGUCUGUGGACAAGGUUGGUCGGACCGCACGCCGAACCCUUGAGACGUAUAUGCAAAACGCGAUCUCACGUCCCCAAGUAGCUACUGCAUUGCGUCGGAUGACCGCACUCUUAGACUACAACAACGACCUCCCGCCCAUUCUUACUGUCGUCGACAAGCCGGACAUUAGACCUCCUCAAAGCCCUGUUCUGCUCGUCCGGGCCGAGUCUCCAUCUACCUCUCAGGCAAAAAUUCAAGAUAGUCCCGACAGCAUGUCUCAACGUCCACGAUCUCUUCCUGUGACAUCAGAAAAACCAUCAGGCCGCGUCAGUCCUCUAGUGGAGAGCAUGGUCGUCGAUGAACCUGUGCCCAGUCCGGAGCCUGAACAGAGAGUGAAGCAGCCUGUACCUCGUACCCCCUCCCCUCCGCCUCACAUCCACCACGGCGCUAUUCUGAGCGAGACAGAGCCGGAAGAUUCAUCCGAAGACGGGGAUCCAAAGCCAGUUACUUCAAGGUCCCCAGUGCUGACCACGACAAAACUGGGCGGCAUGUCUCAGGCUAAAUCUCGAACACCGACUCCCGAUGCCGAUUCCAAUACGAACCUUAGCCCAGCCACAUCGAUGAAGAAGACUUCCAGAGCUCCGCCGAAGGGGAAAGCGAAAGCGAAGACACCCAUUUCCGACUCUGAAUCUGACUCUUCGCCAGUGCGGCCCACAAAAAAAACCAAGACAGCGCCAAAGUCAAAGCCUCCAGUAGACGAAGACGACAGUGACAGUGAUUCGGCCCCGAAGACCACCGUCCGUCGAGGCACAAGGCAACCUGUAAAGAGAGGUGGACGGCGUUUCUGAGCGCUACCAUAUCGAACUAACCGCUUGUGCGACGGUGACCUGUGGUCCCUGUGUCUCAUCCAUUCCCACUGCGGCUACUUCGCCUGGGCUUUCUUCGCUAUCAUGUAUUACCAUCAUGGUUGUCGCUCCCCUUGUCAUGACAC